AUGCAAGGCAUCAUGAAGCGGCUACAGCUUAUCAAUGGAACCAGUGAAAACACCAAGGGUGCACCGCUAUUGCCCCUCCGUGAGGAAUUACACAUGCAACCGCAGAAGACGAUGACGCCGUACGAGAAGGCACAACUCGAGGUUGCCAGUCGUAUUCGGCGCAUACGAGAAUUGGUGACGCAACUAGAUGGAUUGUCCGCCGACGCGAGCCGGAAGUUUCGUGUCGAGGUGAGUCAACAGAUUCGCAAGGAGGAGCUCCAGGCCAAGGUUGAGAUGCAGAAUGCAAGGAGGGUGGCACAGAGUGAGGGACGAAUGCAGGACUUUGAGUUGUUGUCCCGUCACUUCAACGAUACACUUGACAUUGUCCGCGAGCGCUACGGUGGGGGACUUCCUGUUGCUAAGCCAGGCGGUAGCACCUUUGAAAGGGAACCACUCCCCUUCACUGACCUGGAAUAUGCCGUGAACCAGAGUGCCUUCCUGGCUUCGAAUUCCGGUAACGUUGUCCCGAAGCCCGGCAAUGCCUACAAUCUUCAUGAGGACGUGGAGUUCUUGCAAUUUUUUUAUGAAACACAAAAAAAUGACGAGGUGAUUGACAAGUCACUGGAUUGCAUUUACGUUGGUGUGCAAAGACUUAAUCAAAAUGCGACGGUUAUCACUUCGGAGCUUUGCACACAGGAACAGAUGCUGGAUGAAACGGAAAAGAAGAUGGACGAUGUUCAUGGCAGAUUGGGCAAAUUAAACGUUAAGCUAAAGAAGGCGCUUGAAAGGAUGGAUCGCCCCAUGAUGGCUGUGUACCUUAUCUGCUGUCUGAUUCUCCUUUCCAUUAUCGUUAUAAUAUAUUUCAUGGCAAAAAAAUGA